UCGGCCAUAAUGAAUUGGGAGAAGUUAAAGCCUCCAGAACCGGAUGAUCCCAUGUGCUGCUGUGAGUGUGAUAUCGACCCGUGCGGCUGUUGCUGUGACUGUGAAGAUCUGGAUGAAGCCUUUAACAGGUGGCUGAAGGAUAGACCGUCUAAAAGUGGAUGUCAGUCUCCUGUACUCACAGCCCUGAUUGACAAGCUAGAGAUCUCCAUGGUGCCGGCCCUGGUGCUUCUCCCUUUACUUCUGCGUUUGGCAGCGCUGCACUAUCUGCUGGGUAUCAUCACCCUGACUGCUCUACCCGGCCUGGUGCUGUGGUACUACUAUGCCACACACCGCAAGAAGAGACGCACCCUCUUCUUCCUGACGCUUGCACUCUACUCUCUGUUCUACAUGUACUACCUCUUCAUCACAGAGAUAUUACCACGCGGGGACGUCAGCCAGCUGCAGCUGUGUACUGCGACUUUGGGGAUGAUUCUCACCAUCGCCUUUCUCAUUCACACCAAGAGAGGGCCAGGAUAUGUGACAGCUUCUCUGCAUGAAGCACAAUGUCGAGGUCAGGACGCGAAUAAGGACGCCACUCACCUUAAUGGAUCCAUCCAAUCAGCAACCUCUUCCUCGGGGAACACAGCACAGCUGCAGACAACAAAAGGGGUCCCAACAGCAAAAUGGAACAAGUGUCCUGUGUGUAAAAUAAUGCGACCCCCCCGGGCCGGUCACUGUCGAACAUGUGGAUCUUGUUUCCAGCGUCUGGACCACCACUGUAUCUGGAUAAACAGCUGUGUUGGACAGGCAAACCAUCGCAGCUUCCUGUUGACCCUCUGUGUGUUUGUGUUGACCUCUCUGUAUGGGAUCAGUUUGGUGCUGUGCAGCCUCUGUCCUCGGCAAUAUCUUCUGACGGCUCUCCUCUACUGCCCCGGGGUCUACAGCCAGUCCAGCACGGCACUCUGCUUCACUUGUGCGUGGUACAGCGGCAUUGUCACCGCUGGAUUGCUUUACGUGUUGGUGGCACAAGUGCUGAACAUCAGUUUCAAUGUGACAGAGCGAGAGGCCCUGCUGGCUCUGAGGAACAAAACGGGCCAGAGCCGCCUGUGGGGACUUGUCAUCGACCCAGGAGUGUAUUCACGUGGAUUUUGUCAGAACUGGGUUGAGUUCCUCACCAUGACAGACGCCUCGAUGGCAGGGAAGUGGUACCUGGUUGGAUUUGCCACCAAUGCUGAAUGGUUCGUCAGCCGCAAAGCCAGCAUGAAGAUGGGCACAACCAUGAUCACCCCGACUGCAGACGGGGACCUGGACAUUUCAUAUGCCAGUCUCAACUCUGAUGGUUCUUGCUGGAGAAUGAACAACUUGGCCAAAAAGGCUGACAUGCCCGGAAAGUUCACAUACUCAAGCUGGGGGAAUCAGAAUGACAUGCGUGUGGUUGAGGUGAACUAUGACCAGUACGCCCUGACUCACACCAUAAAGACCAAGGCUGGUGAUAACGCUGUUGUCAACAAACUCUACGGUCGUGGAGCGGACCUCGGCGCUGAUCUGCUGGAGAAGUUCAAGCAGUUUUCGUUGGAGAAUGGAAUCCUGCCGGAAAAUAUUGCUAUCCUUCCCAAAAAUGGGGAGUGCUCAGCUGCCUAGUUGUUCCCUGAUCACCGUGUGUCACAGAUAUUGUUUAAAGAUUUGAAUGCUUGUUGUGAAUAUUCUUUUUUUGUUUUUUUGCUCUUUCAGUUGUUAAAAUAGCUCCCGAUGCCACCAAACACAAUGUAAAGCCAAGUUUCAACAUGCAACAUUUUGAUUUAAUUAACCCUUACUGUGUUGUUUUGAGACUGAUAAAAUGAUUUGUUUCCAAUA